AUGAGCUACUCCAAGGAACUGGAGGGAAGAGAGCUGAUCAGGUUGUGGACGUGGAUACAUCUUGGUGGUCUUGACCAGCCUGCAUUACUUGGGUUGGAAUGCAACACUGUGCAGCACGUACAUAUAUGCCAAUUAUACACGGCUAUGAACAUGGGUGAGAUCAACGAAAGUCAAGUAUUUCUAGAAAAGCUUAAUGACUUGGCAACCACUCAUGGAGUCUCCAUCUCGUAUUGCUAUCUGACUCAGCAAGCGUCGGGAACAUCCAUUGAUGUUCCUGGUUCCGAGUGUAAAUUUGCUUUGUGGCUUACGUCAAAUAGAGUACUCAUUCUGGAACUUUUAGGGGCGCACGGAAAUGACGGUUGCGCGAGUCAGAACGUUAUGGGCGGAAACAUGCCGCAAAAACUAUCAUCUUCAUCCUUUGAUCAUUUGUAUAUGAAUUUAAAACUCAACACUACAUUGUAUUUCAACCAAGCUGCGACCCCGGAGCAAUAUUUCAUAUUGGGAACUGACAAAUUCAUUCCAAUCGGCACAAUUACCCAAAUGAAGCCUACUCCUGUCAGCAAUGCCACCGUCAGACUGACCGCGAGAUCGAACAUCGUCGGGCUGGUCUCCAACCACUAA